CACCGCUACAUAGACGCGCUUGUCUCUGCAAACACGUCGCUGUUAACCCUGUCCCGUCGUUUAACAGAGACUUUUCCUGCUGACAUUCAAAUGCAACAGGAUCGAGGGAAAAAGUGGUGAUUAUCUGAGUCUAGCAGCUUGAUGUGCAGUCAAUGUGAUUUAACAAAGAAAGUUUGCAAAAAAGUUGCAGUGGAGGCGCGCAGUGGUAACGGGAAACACCUCGCGCUUCAGAAACGAGACUUCUGGAAGUGAGAAUUUAACAAUAAUUUCGGCAAAUAGAUCAACGUGAUACAACUUCCAGGGAUUUGCAGGUGUGAGAGAUGGAUUGGCGCGUGCAGUCUGCAGUCAGCUGUGAAUUCGCCUUCCUUGAGGCACAGAGAUGGAUCGAGAAUGUGACCCAAAAGCGUUUUGGAAGCAAAUCUUUUCGGGUAGCUUUAGAAGACGGGGUCCUUCUGUGCAACCUUAUCAACACACUUAAACCAGGAAUCAUCAAACGAGUAAAUAGGCUGUCCACUCCUAUUGCAGGCUUGGAUAAUGUGAAUGUGUUUCUCAAAGCUUGUGAGAAAUUAGGGCUCAAUGAAGCUCAGCUCUUUCACCCUGGAGAUUUACAGGAUGUGUCCACUCGCGUGACCGUCAGGCGUGAAGAGACUAGCAGGAGACUGAAAAACGUUUUGAUCACUAUAUACUGGCUUGGAAAAAGGGCUCAGGCUGACCCAUUGUACACUGGACCACAGCUUAACCUGAAAGCAUUUGAGGCUCUGGAGGAGUCUGUGCACUCCAAGUCGAAUGUGAGGGACAGUGGCUUUGCAGAGGGCUGGUUUUCUGACAGGGAGGAUCUAUACAGCUUGAAGCAGUCGGGCUACAGGAGGGAGGAAUCAGUCGAGAGCUUGGAUUCGGUGGAGUCUCGCACGCUCAGUUUAGCUUCAGACUGCACCCUCAGAGCUGGCAGUGAAGGUUGCAGCAGUGACGCAGAAGCUGAACAUUGCUUCAUGAUGGCAGAAGGAAGAAAGAGUGACAUUCCCAGAGAGCGAGUGCAUGGCCCAUCUGCCCUUAGAAGAAAAAGAGUCGAACAACGGGAGGGGGACAGAGGGUCUACAGGCCCCAUAAUUAGUGAAAGUGGGAGGGGCGACGAUCUCCCUCCUGCCUCUGCUUUCCUCCAAUGGGCAAGCAGUUACCAGAGUGACAGCGACUCUGAUGUGGACCGCCCUGAACCAGACCUUGUGCAGGAUGACCUAGCAAGUCGCAGAUUUCGCUCUGUAACCUCUACAGCCCCCGUGAACUUUGCCGUUCCUUCAAAGCUCAGGGGCCCUAGGGUGACCCCAAUGGUUAGCCCAUGUGCCAAGUCAUGGCUCACCUUGUCAGACGCUUCACGGCUGGCUGCCGUGCCGUCCCAGAGAUCAAAUCGGAGCAUACCGUCCACCGUACCCUCUGAAAAUGGACGGACAGACUCUGAAUCAGGCAUGAUUGAGGAAGAGUUUCUUCAUCGAGUCCUGAAUGAUGGCACAAGUGAUUCUGAUGAGGACAGAGGAUACGCUGACCCUGUGCAGGACGACCUUCACGCACGUCGGGUGCUCUUAUCCGAACAUCAGACCUCUGUCAAUGUCGACUCGGACAAGUUCCUGCCCAAAUACUGGACACCUGAAGAAGAUCUACAUGUUCAAAAGAUAAGGCUAGGGUCCCAGCGCAGACCAUGGUACAAAAAGCUGCAGGGCUUCAGGAGCAAAUCCAUGGGCGACAUCACGCUGGAGCCCAUACCACAGGAAUCUGACAACUGCUCGAGCUUUGACCAGCUGGGCUCACGGCAUGUUCACCAGAGAUCUGUUGGAGAGCUGACCCUUGAACCCUCGGCUUUACAGAGAGUUCAACGGGAGCAGUUACAGAGUAUCCGGGUCAGAAUGAAGGAAAAUGAAGCCAAGUGGCAUGAAGACCUGAGCAGGUGGAAGAGCCGUCGGAGGAGUGCAAACUCUGAUCUCCACCGGAAGCGAGAGGAGAGGGAGCAGAGAGAGCUCAUAACCAGCGGGGGAGUGACCGGUAACAUCAGAACUGCAUUUCUCCAAGGGGUACCAGAGGAGAGUUCACACAAGACCAUCAGUAACCACGUGCUCUGCAGUAGCACCUCACUCCAUUCACAAACUUCAGCCAUUGGAGUGAAGAUCCACCCAAUCUCUCAGACUUCAGAUCAGACAUACAUUCCAGUUGCAAUGCCUGGACGUAUGAGUGAUGCUGGGUCUGCUGUCAGUAGCUCUGUGUUAUCAGGGUGGUCCACCACUUCUGGUGUAGAGGCAUCUGAUUCACUAGCCCAAACGUGCACCAGUCUGUUCUUCAGCCCACCAGCAGCUGUUGUUCCUGAACAGAGCUCACCUACAGAUUUUGCUGUCUCUGAACCCUACCAGCAGCAGCGUGGUACGGAUUUUAGCCGCCGGGCAAGCCUUCUGGAGAGCUUUUACGCUGGGGGAACACGGCUGUCUGCCACUCUUCCUAGAGGUUUCAGGAGGUCAGAAGGUUGUACACGCCUAUCCAUGGGUGUCACACCUCGUCCAUUUGGAGCCAAGCCCUCCAAAGUGCCCUCACUGCCUAGAGGAUUCGCUCUGGAUGACUCUCAUAAAGGUCUGAUUAAUGGGCAGAGAGAUCACAUCCCCUCUUCCCUCAGCAGUCAUGAAAAGGUCAAGACCUCCGCUGACACGGGCCACUCUCGUUCAAAUACUCAUCCAAUCAGCGAGAGUAGAGAUGGAAGAUCAUCAGCACCUCCCAUUCAGUCGUAUGUCACUAAAGUGACCAUGGCCACGUCCGUUAAACAGCCAGCCUCCCCUGUUGUCGUCUCAGAAAUCGGGGAGGUUAAGGUGGGUCAAAGUGAAAUGCGAGUCUGCUUGAAUCAGAAACCAAACAGUGGGCGAGACUUCGGAUUCAAGGCUCACUGGGACUCAACUGGUGCUUGUGUCAAUUUUGUCCAAGCAGGAAGCCCAGCAGAGUUGUGUUGUCUGCAGAUGGGUGAUGAGAUCGUGGUACUUGGUGGCUGCAGGGUGUCUGAUAUGAACUAUAAACAGUUUAAGGGCAGUAUGGACAAAGCGCAGCAAAAUGGCACUUUACUGAUGGACAUCAGACGUCAUGGUCAGAAUGACUGGGGCAGUGGCCCUCCUUCCUUCCCGUACAAGAGCCAUAAGACCAUCAAUUUGACCAGUUCCAAUUCAACACUUGUAGGGCAGCCCGAGCAGAUUGUCUCUCUAACCAGUUCAAACUCGCCUGUGGAGACCGUGGGAAAGAUGCAGGUCAAUGGACAACCUGCUAAUGGAGUUCUAUCUAAAAUGGUGAAUGGAAGUUUUCAGAAUAACUCUGUUCCUGCACAAAACAAAGGAGGCUCUGAGUCUGCCAUAUCUGAUCUGCAGGUUCCUUCCAUCAGUGCCACCUCAUCUCGCUGGUCAUGGGAUCAUGAGGAGGAGAGGAGGAGGCAGGAAAAAUGGCAGAUAGAGCAAGAGCGCCUCCUGCAGGAGAAGUACAGACGAGAUCAGGAGAAGUUAGAUGAGGAGUGGAGAAGAGCUCAGCAGGAGUUCUAUGGAGAGGAUCUUGGUGGUCCUGAGCAGCAAAAAAGCCCUGAUGUGCUGUCCAAUGGAAAUGCCACGUCUUAUGCUUCACUUCCCCUCUUCAACAAAUCCAGUGCUUCCACUUCAGUGACAUCCAAUCAGAAUGCAGACAAGGUGGAGAUGGCACAAAACAGACUGGGCAAUGUGCAAAUAGCAGCAGCACAUCACUCACAGAAGGCAGAGGUGGAAUGUGAUUCAACCUCAAAGAGUCAGUGGUCAGAGGAGUCCUAUGGGUUUGCCAAACUUACAGUUUCAGACAGGACAAAGUCUAAAUCAACCCCUAUACUUGAUGCCUUUCACAAACAAGAUGCAAAAGGGGGCAGUAAAAAGAAGGGCCAGGUGUCACAAGCAGAACAGGAACGUCUGCAGAUCUUGGAGGAGAUGAGGAAGAGGACACAGUUGCUCACAGACAGCAGCUGGAUACGCCCGCGCAGUACCAAUGUUAACAAAGAGCCCGUCAGCGUGGGAACAUCAGUCAGCAGAUAUGAGUCUCUGGAAAACCUCCACACAAGCCUCAACUCAUCCCAGAAGCCCUACAUUUCGAGCAGACCUCACUCUGCAUUGGGCAACACUGGCACUUCUAGGAGUGGACGUAGCAGCCUGGGACCUGGUUCAGCUAUCUUCUCCACUGGUUUUAAACAGAGCUCCUGGUCUGCAUCCAGCUCUUCUUCCCCAACUGAGCCCCACCCAAACUCACAGCAACGUGGCAGGCUUGUCAGUGGCAGGCGGAUGUGCUCGAGGUGCGAGCAGCCUCUGGGAAAGGGAGCUGCCAUGGUCAUCGACUCCCUGGAGCUCUGCUUUCACAUUGGUUGCUUCAAGUGUGUCAGCUGUAGGACUAACCUUGGGACGGGUGCAGAGUCCGGAGCUCAGGUCAGAGUCCGACACCGACAGCUCUACUGUCACAGCUGCUACAGCAGACUUGGAGUCCGCUACACCAUCUCCAAGUGACCAGAAUGCGUUGAAACAGAUCGAAGAGGAAUAUACCACCGAAAAUGCCUCAGGAAUCACAACUAUUAGCACAACUUAACCGCUGCAACAGCUUUCUGCACUGCUUGUCUUUUAGUAAGACUUUGACAGUCAAAACGUUUUGCGCCUCACAUUCCUGUCAUUGUUCUCACAGUGUGGCUGCUCCAUAGUGAAAGUUAGAACAUGUUAGAAAGUUUUGGACACCGCAACAUUGCUACAUCCUAUUUCGGUACGGGCUAACAUCCAAGGAUAGAUGUAAUGAUAAGUAAUUCUGAACAGCUGUGCAUUCCGUGUGGCACUACUGACAAGUAAUCGCAUGUCUGGAUGUGUCUGAAGAUUCCUAAGAACGAUUUUGUAUGUUCUUUUUUGACGUCAUUCCUUGCUAAGAACUCUUUCAGGUUUGGCAUAAAUUAUAUUAUUUCAUUUCUUUAAUAUACGUUUUCCUCUCAGAUUUAUCAUAUUAAAUAAAUGUUCAAGCACAUUUUA